GUGGGGGUUCUUUGGAAAACCCAAGGUUUGUAAAAUAUUCUAGGGUAUUUUCUUUUUUUCUUAUAUUACUCACGGCCAAGCUAAAGUGAUGAGGCUAUAUAAAACGUGUUCAAAUGAAUCGAUCUCAGUCAGUGUUUCAUCUCAACUGUCGCAGCAAUGAAGUGGAUUUCGUUAUUGUUCUCGCUAAUGGCGCUUCUUGCCCUGGGAAAUGUUGGAUAUGCUCGAACCAUUCCCAAAAUUACAAUUAGGAAUGGCGACAUUAUUGUGCAUGGAAACUGCCAUGGCUGCACUGCUCGAGCCACAAAAAACACGGCUCAUUUAUCAAUCAAAUUUACUCGUAGAUGGUAGAUUUGCGAAGUGUAAUAGUGAAUAAAUUACCUCAAUCUUGCCAUAUAUAUUUAAACUAAUUUAUUAAUAAAAUAACAAAAAAAACUUUAAAUUAAAA